CUGUCCGGGCUUUACAAGCAGCUGCAGCAGGAAUCAAACACACACGUCCCUUCUCAGAGCUGCACUCAAUUUUCUUUCUUUCUUUCUCUCUUUCUUUCUCUCUCUCUCUCUCUCUCCAUGCUGGAAUAAUGUGUGUAUGUUGUGUCAAGGUGUGUGUGCUGAUGUUUGUGUUGAUUGGGGGCAGCGCUGGACAGAGUUACGGACCCUCAUGUUACGGUGGAUUUGACCUCUACUUCGUCCUGGAUAAGUCUGGAAGCGUUCAGCAUCACUGGAAUGAGAUUUAUUACUUCGUGGAUCAUCUGGCGCACAAAUUCAUCAGUCCAAAGCUCCGGAUGUCCUUCAUCGUUUUUUCGACAGAGGGCAGAACCCUGAUGAAGCUCACAGAAGACAGGGAUCAGAUACGAGCCGGACUAGAGGAACUACAGAGAGUUUUACCAGGUGGAGACACUUUCAUGCACAAAGGCUUCGAGCGGGCAAGCGAGCAGAUCUACUAUGCGAGUGGUGAUGGUUAUCGAAUAGCGAGCGUUAUCAUCGCUCUGACAGACGGAGAGCUGCGCGAGACGCAGUUUGAUCUGGCAGCGCGAGAGGCGGGACGCUCGCGCCAGCUUGGUGCCACGGUGUACUGCGUGGGCGUGAAGGACUUUAAUGAAACGCAGCUGGCUACAAUCGCUGGCAGUGAAGAUCAUGUUUUUCCUGUGAAUGAUGGAUUUGAGGCGCUGCAAGACAUCAUCGACUCAAUCCUGAAGAGAUCAUGCAUAGAAAUAUUGUCCGUUGAACCUUCAACUAUAUGCGCCGGAGAAUCCUUUCAGGUGGUGGUGAGGGGAAACGGUUUCCUCCACGCGAGAGACAAGAGACGAGUGUUGUGCAGUUUCCGCAUCAACGACACCUUCACCAUCAUGGAGAGGCCUCUGGUUGUAGAAGACACAUACUUGCUUUGUCCAGCUCCUGUGCUGAUGGAGGAGGGAACAUCUGCUUCUCUCUUCGUCAGCCUGAACGACGGCAUAAGUUUCAUCUCCAGCUCAGUCAGCAUCUCAGCUCACGGCUGUGUGAAUACGGUACGAACUCUCAGCACCUCCGCCAGCACCGAGCUCACCACUGUGGUCCUGCAGGACAAUGACAUUCCUCCACCGUCAGUGUGUACAAUGGACGGGACGGUUUUAGCCAUCGCUCUACUCGUCCUGCUGCUGUUGGUGAUUCUGAGCCUGAUUUGGUGGUUCUGGCCGCUCUGCUGCACUGUGGUUAUCCAUGAACCACCUCCACCUGUAAUAGAGGAAAGCUCGGAUGAAGAAGAAGACGACGAUGGCUUCCUAAAGAAAAAAUGGCCGACCGUGGACGCGUCCUAUUACGGAGGAAGAGGAGUAGGAGGCAUCAAGCGCAUGGAGGUGCGGUGGGGUGAUAAGGGGUCGACAGAAGAGGGAGCAAAACUAGAGAAAGCGAAGAAUGCUCGAGUGACGUUGCCUGAAGUGGAGUACGAGUUCGAGUUUGCACCUUCGCGCACUCUCAAUAACGGCACACGCAAACCCAUCCAUCGCCCCAAAUGGUACACACCCAUAAAGGGCAAGCUGGACGCUCUGUGUGUGUGGCUGAGGAGAGGAUACGAUCGUGUUUCUGUGAUGAGGCCUAAACCUGGAGAAAAGGGUCGCUGUAUGAACUUCACCAGGGUGAAAUCCUACCCUCCACCUCGCUAUCCACACAAUAACAUCACCAAGAACAAAGACAGCUCGGGACACAUCUACAGUUUACCCCUCAAUUCCACCCCACCUGCCCCAAAAUGCCAACUGCCUCCCACUCCAAACUGCAUGUACUCUGGCCACUCUUCAUACCCUGACCACGACUUCUCCUACCCCUCCUACCCGUCUCCAUCCCCGACCUCCUCUCUUCCUCCUCUCCCCUCCACUCCGCCCCCUUCUACCAUCACUCCACCUCCAUACUCUCCUCCGCCUACUAGAUCCCCACCCUCCCUCCUAGCCCCACCCCCUUCUCCUCCAAGUUUUCAGUCUUCGAAUUGUCUGGCUCCACCUCCUUAUUCAGCUCCAGCCAUGCGAGCCCCUCCUCCAUCCCGCCCACCACCACGACCCUCUAUCUAAAAGGGAGGGGCUACUGAACUGAGGAGGAAAUUGCGAGCUGCGCUUCGUUCCUGUUUCGAACGUCAACAUCCUGACAUCACAUGAGUGGAGCAACUUCAGUGCAUUAUGGGUAUAUGUUCCUGAAGACUUCAAGGAAUCACGAGAUACUUCAAUUGCUUCCAAUCUUACUCUGAUCCCUUUGGGGGGAAAACAAAACGAUUGCAUGACCAUCAUGUCUCUGGAAGUGUGGAAUGGAGAGAUGGAUUGGAGCUAGGAAAGGUGGAACAUUCCUAAUUAAGCACAUUGAUGGAACAUUUGGAUUGUAACUACCAGCUAAUGAUGUAAUGGUGUUACAGCAGCUGACCAAUCAGAAGCUUGGCUCAAGUCGUACGAAGUAGAACCUCACACGCAUUACAUUACACUCCUGUCUUCUUUGCAUUUCUCCACUCUUUCGACUUUUCCUUCAUUCAUUCGUUUUUCCUCUCCAUUCUUUCAGCACAGCCUUGUUUUUCUACAUUCUUAAUCCAUGCAUUUAUUAUUAUUUUUUCCCCCCAGCAUUUCAACUUUCAUUCCUUUCCUGUAAAUCCUGCCAUUUUUUAUCCCUCCAUUUUCCUUUACUUUCUUCCACUCCAUCAUUCCUCCAAUUUUUCUUUCUCGGUCAUGUUCUGCAUAAAUUUUCUUUCCUCCACAUCCCAGACUCUCAGCUUUUUUUUUUCUUCCAGUCAGCGUUCGUUUGCACAAAUCUUUAAAGUAAUAAAGAUGGGAGAGGAUGAUGUAAAGGUGAAGUGAGGUGUUCAUUUUGUAUAAAACUUUCAAAUGUGUAUAUACAGCAGUAUCGCCUUUCGGACAGAAACGCAAUAAACGUUGGCAAAUGUCGCUUUUAGUUACUGAUAAUGUUACAUCGAGUAAUAUAAUCAUAAAUGAAGCAUUUCUGAUAUGGGCGGAGGCUGCAGCAGUGCCGAGCUUAUUGGCUACACAGUUUUUCUCAGUCCUUAUUUCUGAAAACUUGCUACCUGUAUAUUCUGGAUGCUUGUGAAAAUAUGUUCCUAGCACUUUCUAUGUGACGAUUCGGUUCGGGCAUUAAUGUAACACGCGGCAUGUUUUUGUACAUUUCUAACUUAACCUGAUCACACCAUGUAACUGUACAAGUUCGUUUUGUUUUUUAAAUAAAAAAUAAACCAGCA